GCGGAUAUCGGUCUCGGCAGAACGCAAAGUGCAAAGUUACCCCGAUGCUUCUGCGUGCUGGUCUGUUGUGUGACGUCGUAUUGUCUUUUAAUAGUCAGCCCUUGUGACCGGUUUUUCCGUCGUUAACGAGGCACCGUUGUUCGAUUCUUUUUGUUUGACCUCGGCGCCUCGUUAACGCGGAGCAACAGUGAAAUGGCGAAAAAGACGUACGAUCUGUUGUUCAAGUUGCUGCUUAUCGGUGACUCCGGGGUCGGCAAGACUUGUAUACUGUUUAGAUUUUCGGACGAUGCCUUUUCAUCAACGUUUAUUUCCACCAUAGGUAUCGAUUUUAAAAUCAAGACAGUGGAAUUAAGAGGAAAGAAAAUCAAGUUACAGAUAUGGGAUACUGCUGGUCAAGAAAGAUUUCAUACCAUUACCACUUCGUACUACAGAGGUGCGAUGGGUAUUAUGCUUGUUUACGACAUCACUACUGAGAAGACAUUUGAAAAUAUUGUCAAAUGGUUGAGAAAUAUCGAUGAACAUGCAAAUGAAGAUGUGGAAAAGGUGAUAUUGGGAAACAAAUGUGACAUAGAAGAUAAACGUGUUGUUAGUACAGAAAGAGGAGAAGCGAUAGCAAGAGAGCAUGGAAUCAGAUUUAUGGAAACAUCUGCGAAAGCAAAUAUCAACAUUGAUCGCGCAUUUAGUGAAUUAGUUGAAGCAAUAUUGGAGAAAUCACAUGGGAAAGAACCUCAAGAUGCUCCUGAUAGAGUAACAGUUGAUAGAAGGGUGGAAAGAAGUUCUAAUCGGUGCUGCUAAUUUUAUAUUAUUUAUUUCAAUGGCGCAUAAUAAACUAUAUAUCAGCUCGUGCCACUCAAAAUAGAUUUGUGGAUAGAUGUAGAGCAUAAUUUAAAGCAUAAUAGUAUAAUUAAACUCUUCACGACACUGCCUAAUCAAAUUCAAUUGAACUCAUUUGAUGACAGUUCUGAUAAGUUGAUACUUACGUUUAAUUUAAGAGAAACACGUUUGGUUAAAAAGUGAAGUUUCCUAAUUAUACCUGAAUUUCGAAUGGUGGGGCUAUAAGUGCUGUUUGUCGCAUAUAUCAUUGUAUUUAUAAAUGUGUCUAUUGCAUGUAUACAAACAUUAGAGUUCCAUCAGAGUUUUUAUAAAUAAUAUAAGGAAUUCAAUAAUAAGUACUGCUGAUGGAGCUUCGUUUUCCAUAUGAAACUUCAUACAUUGUUGUACGAACAAAGUCAACUAGGAACAAUGUAUUUGUUACGAGGCUGCAAUUUGUUACCAUAAUAAGAAGAGUGAGAAUGAAUGUGGGCUUUUAAUCUUUAAAAUCUAUGUGAACAUUGAAUGCUUUUUCAUACGGAUAUUGCACUAUAUAUGCUUAUUUACACUUUAAGUUGAAAUCUAAAGGCUUAAGACCGAGAGCUUUUAUCCUAUUUGUGUAAGACUAAUUUACUACAAAUAUAAACAUUCACGAUUUCGAA